AUGACUGUUGAUGUGACUUCAAGGUUGCAUGAGCAGUCUGAACUGAUAAUGACUCUAAAAUCAAGAGCUGACUCUGAGAUGGAACGCCGUAAGCAAGCUGAAUGUAAAUUAUUAGAUGAACUGAACAAAAGUCACGAUCUCCAGCAACAGCUUUUGGAAUGCCAACAGAGAGUUUCCGAUGCUGAAAUCAAUAACCGCGUGUUGCGGUCUACAUUAAAUGAUUUAAGUUAUGAACUUUUUAGCAAAACGCUAAGUAAGAAUACAAACACUGAUUUAACGAGAAGAGAUACAUUUGUUCAAACUGGGGACGAAUUUUGUCAAAGUAAAGUGGUUUCAGUUGAGGCUUCAAAUACAAGAAGUUUUAAACAAUAUUUAUGGAAGUUCAGGGAGUUAAAACAGGAGAAUAAUAAACUUUUACAACUGACAAAUGAGAUGAGAUCAAUAUAUACACAAAAUCUCAAAACAAUUCAAAAUCGUUUGAAUUGCUUGACAGACUUAAUCUCGACAGUUUGUAGUUCUUAUCUAAAAGUAAAUCAAGCCUAUCAUAAUGAUGAUGUCAAGUGGAGAAAUGAAAGACAAAACUUAUCCUUACAUCUAGAGAAUGAAAAGCAUUUAACUGAAGAAAUACGUAUUAAACUAAAUAUCAUGGAAGCAGAGAAGAAAAAAAUAGAAAAGGCCAUAAACAAACUAAAAGAACAAAGAGAAAAUGAAAUGAAAGAAUUUAACGCUAAUAAACAAAUAAAGCGUUUAAAAGAAGAACUUGACAUUUCUAAACUUCAAACGGAACAAAUGAGACAAUGAGCAGUGGAUUUUGAAGCCUAUAAAAUUUAUACAAAAGAACUAUUGGAUAAUGAAAGAAGAUUAAACAAGGAACUUCGAAAGUCGUACCAUUGAGAGUGGCAGGAAUGAUAAGAGGAAAUGAUAAUAUUAUCUUUGAAAAAGAUUAUUUCUUCAAACAGAUUGCAGUAACCUAUU